UUCAGAGCACCCAUUAAGUUAAGCAAACCAGGGGAACUCCGAGAAGAAUAUGAAAGCCAGCUAAGGAAGCUGAGAGAAGAAAAACUACAAGAAGAAAAGGCUUCUGAGGAUCUGAUCCACAAGUUCAUCCUAGAUGACAUGGACGUAGGAAAAAGGAAAAUGGAAGAACAGCAGAAAAAAGAUGAAUCUUUAGUGCUUAAAGUAAACCAAGAGUGUUUUCCUGAACGUCUCUCGGAUUCCGAGAAUGAGGAACCAUUCCCGGGCAGGCAAACACAUCGCUCAGCUUUUGUUUCCAAGACCAGUGCCUACUCCUUUGCCUUCCUUUCAGGGAACUUAACCUCCAAGGUGGAAAGGAGUCGGAGCUGCAACGACACCAUUCAGGAGAGAUCAAAGAGCAGGCAGAGAUCAGCCCCAGCCAACAAAACAAAGGUGCCACCCAUCACCAGCACGUCCACCCCACUGGUGGGAGUCCUGUCAUCCACCCAGAACAACCGGUGCCUCUCGGCCCCAGACCUGACGGCAGAGAAGCGUCUGGUUCUCAACCCCGUCUCCUCCCUCUCUGCCCUGCACAAACCAGAGAGGUCCAUCAGCCCCGAGAGCAACGACAGCAUCUCAGAGGAGCUCAACCACUUCAAGCCCAUCGUCUGCUCCCCGUGUACCCCUCCAAAGAGGCUUCCUGAUGGCAGAGUCCUCAGCCCUCUCAUCAUCAAGUCCACCCCGAGGAACCUGAACCGCAGCCUGCAGAAACCCACCACCUACGAGGCCAGUCCCAGGAUCCUGAAAAAGUGGGAGCAGAUAUUUCAGGAGCGCCAAAUCAAAAAGACCUUCUCCAAAGCCACCCUCACCUCCUUGGCUUCGGAGCCUGGGGAGGACGUGGCAGCUCCUGACAUCACCAACUCCAGCACUUGCACCAAGGAGCAGCCCCAGACGCAGGACGAGCACCUCCCACCCGACGCCACGGGAGACCCUCGCCCCGAGCUGGAUUUCCUUCCUUCCAUCAGUGAAACGAAGCUGGGAAGAGGGGGUGAGAAGAAGAGGGAUUCACAGGCCUCAGCAACAGAUGACACUGCUGCUGAGCCAGACCUGAGGUCCAACGUCACCUCCCUCAACACGCGAGUGACCGAAGUCCCUGACCUAAAAGUCAACGCGUUCAUGGACAAAUCCUGUCUCAGCCUUGGCCCCAAAGUGCUGAGCAGAAGACUGAUGGGGGUGGGCUCCUCACUGCCUGACAACAGCACCCUAGGAGUCCCCACCAAGACGUCGGGGAAAAAGCAGCUGAAGUACCUGAACAACAGUGACCUGCUGAAGGUGCAGAACAGCACCUGCAGCUCCGUGGAGAACAUCAUCGGGGAACAACCCCCCGCGCUGCGACGGGGUCGGAAGAGACGCUGCAAAACCAAACACCUGGAGCACAACGGCUCCGUCAAGAGACUGAGGCACGUGGCAGGGGAGGUGGGCCUGGCCCCCCAGGAUCGCUUGGUACGGGAGGUGGAGCAGAAGCUCCAGCAGGAGGAGGAGGACAGGAGGUUGGCCCUGCACCUGCAGCGGAUUUUCGACAGCGAGAACAGGACAGUGGAGAGGAGGAAAGUCCGAGUCGAUCGGUAUCUGCUGCGCUCCAAGAGCACUCUGGGUGCCAAGUAG